AGUUACAAAAGAUGGCGGAGCCCCGUCCCCCGCCUGUCCUCGCGCGCAGCACUCGCGGCGCGGGGGCGGGGUCGUAGCGGCGGCCUGGAGCACGGGAUCCAUUGAUUGGUGGAGAGCGGUGGCCGAGCCGUCACGUGGCCCUGGGCGCGUUUGUUUGCGGAAGUAGGAGGAAGUAGAAGUGCUGAGUAAGCCGAGACUGAAAAGGAAGGCGGUGGGGCCUCCCCACCUGCCCCACAGAAGAUGCAGUUCUUCGGCCGCCUAGUCAAUACCCUCAGUAGCGUCAGCAACUUGUUCUCUAACCCGUUCCGGGUGAAGGAGGUGGCCGUGGCCGACUACACCUUGAGUGACCGGGUUCGGGAGGAAGGGCAGCUGAUUCUGUUCCGCAACACUCCUAACCGCACCUGGGACUGCGUCCUGGUCAACCCCAGGAACUCACAGAGUGGAUUCCGACUCUUCCAGCUGGAGUCGGAGGCUGACGCCCUGGUGAACUUUCAGCAGUAUUCUUCCCAGUUGCCGCCCUUCUACGAGAGCUCCCUCCAGGUCCUGCACACCGAGAUCUUGCAGCAGCUGACUGACCUAAUCCGCAACCACCCCAGCUGGUCGGUGACCCACCUGGCCGUGGAGCUGGGCAUCCGCGAGUGUUUCCACCACAGCCGUGUCAUCAGCUGCGCCAAUAGCACAGAGAAUGAGGAGGGCUGCACUCCCCUGCACCUGGCUUGCCGCAAGGGUGAUGGGGAGAUACUGGUGGAGCUGGUGCAGUACUGCCACGCCCAGAUGGACGUCACUGACAACAAGGGAGAGACCGCCUUCCAUUAUGCUGUACAGGGUGACAAUUCCCAGGUGCUGCAGCUCCUAGGAAAGAACGCAUCUGCAGGCCUGAACCAGGUGAAUAACCAGGGACUGACUCCACUGCACCUGGCCUGCCAGCUGGGGAAGCAGGAGAUGGUGCGUGUGCUGCUGCUAUGCAAUGCUCGCUGCAACAUUAUGGGGCCUGGCGGCUACCCCAUCCACUCGGCCAUGAAGUUCUCCCAGAAGGGGUGCGCUGAAAUGAUUAUAAGCAUGGACAGCAACCAGAUCCACAGCAAAGACCCUCGCUACGGGGCCAGCCCUCUCCACUGGGCCAAGAAUGCAGAGAUGGCCCGCAUGCUGCUGAAACGGGGCUGCGAUGUGAACAGCACCAGCUCCACUGGGAACACAGCCCUGCACGUGGCAGUGAUGCGCAACCGUUUCGACUGUGUCAUGGCGCUGCUGACCUACGGCGCCAACGCCGAAGCCCGCGGCGAGCACGGCAACACCCCGCUGCACCUGGCCAUGUCGAAAGACAACGUGGAGAUGGUCAAGGCCCUCAUUGUGUUCGGGGCAGAGGUGGACGCCCCGAAUGACUUUGGGGAGACUCCUACAUCCUUAGCCUCCAAGAUCAGCAAACCGUUGCAGGACCUCGUGCAUAUCUCCCGUGCCCGGAAGCCAGCAUUCAUCCUGAGCUCCAUGAGGAACGAGACACGCACCUAUGACCACCUGCUCUGCCUGGACGGAGGGGGUGUGAAAGGCCUCGUCAUCAUUCAGCUCCUCAUCGCCAUCGAGAAGGCCUCGGGCGUGGCCACCAAGGACCUCUUUGACUGGGUGGCGGGGACCAGCACCGGGGGCAUCCUGGCCCUGGCCAUUCUGCACAGUAAAUCCAUGGCCUACAUGCGUGGCGUGUACUUCCGCAUGAAGGACGAGGUGUUCCGGGGCUCGAGGCCCUAUGAGUCGGGGCCCCUGGAGGAGUUCCUGAAGCGAGAGUUUGGGGAGCACACCAAGAUGACAGACGUCAAGAAACCGAAGGUGAUGCUGACGGGGACACUGUCUGACCGGCAGCCAGCUGAACUCCACCUCUUCCGGAAUUAUGAUGCUCCGGAGACAGUACGGGAACCUCGAUUCAACCAGAAUAUUAACCUGAAGCCUCUGACUCAGCCUUCAGACCAGCUGGUGUGGCGGGCAGCCCGAAGCAGUGGGGCAGCCCCCACCUACUUCCGACCCAACGGGCGCUUCCUGGAUGGCGGGCUGCUGGCCAACAACCCCACACUGGACGCCAUGACCGAAAUCCACGAGUACAACCAGGACAUGAUCCGCAAGGGCCAGGGUGACAAGGUGAAGAAACUCUCCAUCGUUGUCUCUCUGGGCACAGGGAAGUCCCCACAGGUGCCUGUGACCUGUGUGGAUGUGUUCCGACCCAGCAACCCCUGGGAACUAGCCAAGACUGUUUUUGGGGCCAAGGAACUGGGCAAGAUGGUGGUGGACUGUUGCACGGAUCCGGACGGGCGGGCUGUGGACCGUGCCCGGGCCUGGUGUGAGAUGGUCGACAUCCAGUACUUCAGAUUGAACCCCCAGCUGGGGACAGACAUCAUGCUGGACGAGGUCAGCGACACAGUACUGGUCAAUGCCCUCUGGGAGACCGAGGUCUACAUCUACGAGCACCGGGAGGAGUUCCGGAAGCUCAUCCAGCUGCUGCUCUCGCCAUGAAGAAGCCCCUGCCUGUUCUGCCCUGUUCACCCAGCCCCUGCUGGGGAGACCGGGCGAGGCCCAGCCACUGUCCUGCAGGCAUAUUUAAGGCCCAGGCAGCUCUGCCUCCAGAGACUGGGACUUGGAGGCCGCCAAACUCCCUGCCUUAGGCUGGUCCUCUCAGCCUGACCCCGCCUUCCAGCACUUUCUUCAUUCCAGGCUUGAAAAGUCUAGAGCCCCCCUCAGCCCGUCUCCCUAACUAUAAAGGACAACUGACUCGUCCUGUCAGCUCAGACACUAAGGGUGCCCCGGCACCCCAGCCCUGGCCUCCCAGUGUCCAUGGUGGGUGUAGCCUGUCCCUUCUACCCUCUACCCUGUUCCCUGGGGACGAGGCCAGAGAAAAGGGGUGUCCUCCACCCCAUCAGCAGGGAAAACCCGGGCUCCGAGAGCAGGAAGCAGGCUUGACUUUGCCCCUCACACUGGCCCAGCACCCCACCCCUCGCAGCCACCUGCCCGAGGACUCUCCUCCGCUCUCAAAGGUCAUUCCUAGGAAUUGAGUUAUUCUUCCAGGAGUGGGGUGGGGCUCCAGGGACUGCCCCAAGACUGUGAAAUAAACGGUUUGGAUUCAA